GCGAGACUGCCAAACACGAGAUUUACAACGCAAACACAUAAACAUCCGGUUUGCUCAAACUCGAGGCAAUGUGUCACUCUCAUAUUUCCUUUAUGGAAUUACGUUCUGUGAACAUGUAACGAACCUAAGUAUAGAACCCAGGAAGAUGUUGGUCUGACUUCAAAGGGCAAUGACAUGCCAAUUUGACACUCUUGACUCACUGAGAUGAUCCGUCAGCUGUCUGAUGAGGUACAGUCCCAUCUGCGUUCUGGUGUAGCCAUUACAAGCCUCACACAAUGUGUAGAGGAGCUUGUCAUGAAUGCUUUAGAUGCUGGUGCCUCAUGCAUAGCAGUCAGGGUGGACCUACCAUGCUUCAAGAUACAGGCAGUGGACAAUGGUCAAGGCAUUAGCAGAGACCAGCUGGAGAAAGUUGGUGAAAGGUACUCCACCAGCAAGUGUCAUGAGCUUGAAGACUUGAACAACCUUCAGUAUUUUGGCUACCGAGGUGAGGCUAUUGCAAGCAUCCGAGACACAGCCGCUGUACUGGAGAUCAACAGUCGGACCAGUAGGUCCCAUCAGACGUACUGUAAGAUGUUCCAGAAAGGCGUUGCACAGGCUGUGUCAGAGUCUGUUAUUCCUCGACCGUCCAUUGGUACCACCGUGACAGCCCAUGACUUGUUCUAUAGUCUCCCGGUGAGGAAGAAAAACAUGAAUGAAGCUUUGGAACUGGAGAGGAUUCGCUACAGAGUCGAAGGAAUAGCUUUGAUCCACCCAUCUGUAAGCUUCAGUCUCAGAAAUGAUAUUACCGGGAACAUACUUUUACAGACACAGAAAAGUAGCAGCAUGCUGAAAGCCUUCAUGCAUCUGUUUGGUACUGGGAAGUCGAAAUGUUUGAGAGAGGUAUCACUCCAGAAGGACUGUUUUGAUGUGGAAGGGUUUAUUGGGAAAGAAGGUCACAGCAGUAAGAGCCUGCAGUUUGUCUAUGUGAACGGUAGAUUGGUUCUGAAGACGAAAGUACACAAAAUUUUGAACCAUGUAUUACGAAGGUCUCUUGUAUUAAAGAGAAAAGGAUCCAACAAUGAGGACAGUUCGGGUACAACACAAACAGCUGGUCCCCAGACUUCAAGUCCACUGAAACAAGGAGAUAAGUAUGCCAUGUUUGUUAUCAAUGUGAAGUGUCCACUUGAUGCAUAUGAUAUCACCUUUGACCCAGCAAAGACAUUAGUAGAGUUCAAAGAUUGGACAGUUUUGACCGAUGGUAUAGACGGAAUGGUUAUGGAGUUCCUGAAGAAAGAGAAUCUGGUUUCCGUGUCGGACCUGUCUGUAGUUUCUCCCGUCACAUUACCAGAUGAGAGCUGUCAAACUGAGGCUCUGAAGGUCCCAGACAGCAGGGACAGGGCACAGCAGGGAGGUGCAGAUCCCCAAGAAACAGAGUUAGGGAUAAAUCAAACCACUGAUGCAUCAGAUCCUGAAGCCACAGUUAAAGACUACACAGAGAAUAUUUCUACACUCAAUACAUCUAACUGCCUCUUCUCUAAGAGAGUGAGGAGACAUCGGGAUGUUAUGGCAAUUCGAAAGAAUCAGUUUUUUCAAGAGGAGAGUUUGAAAAACCAAAAGGAUGGUGACUUGAAUUCUGAAAAUACUUUAGAAUUAGUAACUGAAGUCAAUGUGAUAACGGGGACUCCUCUGUUACAUGCUCAAAACAGUAGUGACAGGGAUACCUCUGACAAAAAUGACAUUUGUACAGAAAAAUCUGCUCAAACACCAGCUCAAAUACCAGUUCCUGGAAAACUUCAGAAGCCACCUGAAAAAAAAUUAACUCUGCAUUCUUCUGAGUCAAUCUAUGAUGCUAAACCCGAGACUAAACCCGUCGAUUUGCUGACCGGGACAGUCACAGGAAGCCAAUGUGUUGAUGGGAAUGAAGCAGAGGACGAAGACAUUUUUGAGGAAUCAAUGCAGCUACCUGAGUCCUUGCCUGAGAACACCACAGCCUCAAAUCCAUGGGAUGACAGUGAAGAUCCAUUACCCAGUACUUUAAGAGCCUCGCUGACAAAGAUGAAGUCUAAGACCUCUGUUCAAGAUCAAGUGUUAGGCUGGUCUAAUGUAGAAACCCACAGGAAAGCUCUUAUAUGUCUCCCAGACUCCCCUCCUAGUGCUUCCACUUCUGGAAUACACAAGCUUCAGAACCUUCGUUUCAUCUCACCGAAAUCCAAGUCAUCAGCUGCUGAGAAGAUGUGCAAGAGACUUGGAAUUCCUUCUCUCAGUAGGGUCCAUGAAACCAGGUCUGAUGAAGGACAUGCUCAGAAAUCUGCAGCUCAGAAGAUCAGUGAAAGACUUGUUCUAAAUGCAAAGUCUGCUGCAGGAAAGAAAAUCAUCAGUGCCAAGUUACAAAAGUUUAAGAAUACAACUGGAGCUUUGAGUGAUCAAGCAUCAAAGCCUUCAGAACCUUCUGUUGGGGAAGGUUCUGGAGAAACAGGAGGACCUGAAACUAGCAUUGUAUCAGCAAUAUCUGCUAUGACUAAAGUAUGUCAUGAUAAUGUUCCUAGCAGCUUCACUCAGCUUAGAAAGUCCCACAGGACAAUCAUCUUGCCUUCACAUGAAACCUGUCCUGCCCUUUAUUAUGCAGAACAGAUAGCUGAUAAACAUGCAUUUGUAACUGAUGUACGUUCAUCAUCAUCAGAGUUAUCAAUUUCUGCCCCUCAAGACAAACCAGUGCUAUCAACAUCUGCCAUUCAACACAAACCACUACCAUCAGUGUCAAAGUCAGCUGCAGAACAGUUUGUUAAUGAAAGGAACCCAGUAGUGCCCACUGUUGCUGAUAUCGAAUAUCUCACAUCCAGGUCAGAGUAUUCAGCCAGGAAAAGAUUUAAUCCUUUUGCGUUAUCAACUUCAGCAAAGCUAUCAAAGUUAGCCAAAAGGAGCUGUGUUGAUGAUUCUAGUGUGAAAACCUCCAGCAAUAAAGAGUUCCUGUCAUCUUCAUCUUUCGUUGAAACACCUGCAUCGGUUUUCAAAAACAGUGAGAACAUCAUCUCAGACAAAACUGAAAACAAAGUCGAAGCCCUGGUUGAUACAGCAAUUCCUGAACAGUUGGAUCUUCCAACAUUUCAUGCUGAUGUUGAUGCUAACGGAAGUAACCUUGUCACAUCAAGUGGUGAAAAAUCAUUUGAGAGUUCUGAUUUACACCAGAAUGUAGCAUGCGAGAGAGGGAGAGCUGGUAGGACAUUACUGCCAUUCACGUCCUACUCCGACAGAGUGUGUGACCGAGUUGACGACAGUGCUAUGCCAGACUAUUUAGAUGUAUCAGAGACAGAGAGUGUAGACUCGGUCAUUCUGCCACAUGUGGACAUUUGUUCACCUGAGGUGUCUGAUCAGGAAGGUGGAUCCCCUCCGUCGUAUUGCACGCAGAGCUUUCAGCCAACUGGUCUGUCUUCACAAGGCUUUACACUAGAUGUGAAAGCAAAUGAUGAGGACUGUCAAAGUGGGGGAUUCUCACCCAAUGUUGAUAGAAUUACACCCAUGACAGGAUCACCCUCUAGCCCAUCUGACAAAACGGAAAAUGUGCAUGAAAUGCUGUCUGGUUUGACGGAUGAUGGUUCUGUAACUGGUGAAGAAGAGGAUGAAGUUACUGACCCAGACUUGCCUGAUUCAUCCCUUUCUCUUGUCCUUCCGUUUGGUACUUCAUGCUGGAAUAAGGAGAAGAAAAGUGGAGAUUCUGAAAGUGAAUUGACUCUUGCUGGUACAUGUACAAUCACUAGUACAAAGCCAUCAUAUCUCUAUAGGAAGAAGGAAGACGAUUUUGCAACAGAGUCACCUUCGCUCUCCCUGCCGCAUUCUACAUUUGAGGAUUGUCCAGAUUUUAACUCCUUAACAUGUGGUCAGCGCAGCCCCCUUCAAGCAGAUUCAACCCAGUUAACCAAUACAGAUGAUUCUUUCCCAUUAAGAAAGUUACUGCUUGGGGACUCGCAGGAUAAUGAAAUUCAGAUUUACGGCAGAGCUUAUAGUGAUGAUGUCAAUGAAACUGUUGGGCCAGACAAAAAGCCAAAAAGCCCCUGUCAACAAAGCCAGUCAAAUGUGAAUAAUUCAAAUAUUGAUGUGACUCCUGGGGAAGACAUCUUGAACAAUUUGAAUGAAAUAGACAAAAGUCUUGCAAAGGAGUUUGAUAAUGAAAUGUCAGAUGAUUUUGUGGAGUCAAGGGAGAUAACUCUGGGUGGCAUUCAUGAAGGGGCUUGUUCGUCAAGUCAGUGUGAUAGGGAACAAAACUGUGAUUCCAGUUGUGGACCAGUGUCUGAUGUGACCAUUGGAAGUAGGGACCUUGGAUCUAGUUGUUCCAUGUCUGGAGAUACCGAUGAUCAGCCAUCAUGUAGCUCUUCCGGGAUGCACAUCCAGACAGUGCGAAAACCAACAUGGUCCAAUAUGAAAGAUCCCAAGACAGGUAAGAAGAUCUAUGUGAAUAGUCUUACCGGGAACACAAUGUUCGAGGACCAGUGGAAACAGUGUGGAUACGAAAGUGAUGGCGAUAUUGAUGAAGGAACAGGAACCUUGAUUGUGAGAGAUGACCCCGUACCCCUGUCUCCAUCUGGCAAACAGAAACUGCAGAACUUGUUGGACUGCCAUCUGGUGGCAGAAACCAGUGAUGAUCAGGUCAAGUGGCGAAAACCCCCAUCAACUGGAAAGGACAAGGCUCAACAAGAUGAGCAGCAUUCACUGGAAGAUCUGUUUUCUUCCUGGAAUAACCCUGUGAUGGAAGUUCCACAGCAGUCGUGUUUAACAGCUGAGGUGGCUCAUAUGAGUAGAGCAGGAACUAGGUCCUUCAAGUCUCUCUACCCUACCAAGUUCACCAAGACCAUGCUGAAGAGCUUCCAGGUCCUGGGUCAAGUCGACAACAAGUUCAUUGCCUGUGUCCUCAAGACUGAAGAACAGAAUACUUCAAAAGCUCCAGAUCUGAUCGUGUUGUUCGACCAACAUGCAGCUCAUGAGAGAGUACGUCUUGAACAGCUGACAGAAGAUAUCUAUGUGAACAGUGCUGACGUGACUGACUGCUCAAUCAAACCCAGCCAGGUGUCGCCUCCUAGGACCUUGACCUUCACAGAGGAGAAUGUUCGUCUGAUCAAAUCUUUCAGGGAUGAAUUCAAGAGGAUAGGUGUAACUUUUACCAUCAACGGCUCGUCCCGGGAUUCGCUCAACAUCCACUCCAUCCCUGCAUGUCUGGUUGAGAGAGAGGCAAAUGAAGUUCGCAGAGGGAGAGAAUCGGUUGUCAUGGACAUUGUAGAGAGCCUUAUCAAAGACCAUCUGGAGGUGCUGAAGAUGAUGAGAGGAGCUCGGAGUCGACUGCCACAAGCCAUUCACAAGGUGCUGUGCUCUCAGGCCUGUCAUGGGGCUAUCAAGUUUGGAGACAGCUUGACUUUGUCCCAGUGUAGAGAACUCCUGGAGUCGCUGUCGCAGUGUGACCUUCCGUUCCAGUGUGCACAUGGUCGACCGUCUGUCAUGCCUCUACUCAGCCUACAGCAGCUUCAAGCUAAAGUCCCACCAGAGAAAACCAAACGUCCAAGCUUGUGGAAAAUAUCCAGGCAUCUCUCCAUCCAUCAAUGAACUGAGGAAGACUUGUUUAUUUGAUAUUAAUUUUAUCUUGCAAAAAAUAAGCUUGCUGCAAUCAAUCUGUGAUAACUAUUUUGAGGAUUUUAUUUUACCUUUGUUCAGUGUUAGUGAUUUGAUUUGUCAUUCAUGUCACCAGAAUCUAAUGGCCUGAUGAUUACUAGAACUCUGUGAUAAGCUGUUGAAAAUGCAUUAUGAUUUUUAUGAAUGCACUUCUGAUUAAAGAAACUAUACACAGGA